AUGGCCAAGCUUCAGCAUAUAUUUCUCACUGGUACAGUCAGUUGGGACACCGUUGGUGGACUGCCUGGAUUCUUGCUUACUUUCGGAGGAGAAAAUCAAGGUAGAACAAGUGUCCAGUCUGCUAGUGUUAAUAUCGAACCAGUAAAACAGAGCUGGAGACAUUUCAUUUUUCAUGAGGGCUUAGAUGUGGAUUUGAGGAGCCCUGGGAGUACAUUUCAGGAUGAGUUGAUCGCUGUAGAGGGUGUUGGCAUCAAACCUUCGCUAACAUCAGACUCAAAGUCACAGUCGGGGCCCAAAAGACGGGAAACAUCAGCAAUUACCUCAUCAUCAUUUGCAUCACCACAACCAGCUAGCUCGUAUAUCGUUCAAAUACUGCCAUCAAGAGGAAAGUUUCUAGUUGAGAAGGCAAGGGAACUUGGUGUUCCUAAGGGAGUCAUGUACAGAGAACUCACUGAAGGACGGUCAGUCAUUACGCCUGAUGGUAGGACAGUACACCCUCAUGAGGUUAUGGAGCCGGCCAAAACGCCGCCAAGAGUGCUUGUCAUUGACUGUCCUUCAAACGAGUAUGUUGAUGGCGUUGUUACGUUUCCCUGGGAUAAGCAUUUGACGAGAAAGCGCAAAUACGAGGAAACUGAUGAUAAUUCAGAUAUAUCUAGUGUCAGCAGUAUUAGUAGUAGUACUAGCAGCGUCUCUGGAGAGCCUUAUGAUAUCGACAUUAAAGUAGUGUAUCAUUUUCUCGGCGAAAGCGUGAAUCCAUUUGAAGGAAAGUAUUACGAAUUUAUUACAAAACUGGCCCAUAAUAAUGUCUUGCAGUACUUUUGUCAUCCCCACUAUUCUCCAAACACGAUAACUUUAGAAUCAUUGGCAUUAUUGAAUGAUAAGCUACGGAAUUUGUUUCCUUCAAACUUUAAAAAGCUAUACAGUAUAGGCUCCAAGUUAGAUCUUUCAGACAGCGUGUUUUCUUCAUCGAUUCUUGAUCCAGCCUCUUUCAAACUGCUUAAAAGUUUAGAUAUUACGACCCUUGAACCACAAAUCAAACAUGAGGCUGUUCAAGACUUGAAAAGCACCAGUACUAGUGCCACUGCCUCUGAAAACGUAAAUAAGAAGGCCAAGUCCAGUGCUAGAAGUAAUGGCAAUGGCAAUGGCAAUGAUACGGUUGAUAUGGAGCCUGGUGCAGAGAAAAGUGCCGAUGCUGGUUCAACUCCUAGUAAAGACUUGGACGUUAGUUCACUGAAUGUAGAGCCUAUUAUUGGUAAGGUAGAAGGUACAGUAGAGAGCGAUUUGGCUGUAAUUGACGAACCGCAAGUCAUAACUCUGGGAACGGGAAGUUCGCAGCCAUCCAAGUAUCGCAAUGUGUCGUGUACAGUUGUACGAGUUCCAUUCGGGAACUCCUCGAAAGCGAUUAUGUUUGACUGUGGUGAAGGAACUCUAGGAUCGAUCAAACGGAACUUCGGUCCUGUAGGCACUGAAAAACUGCUGAGAGAGCUGGACGUUCUGUAUAUAAGCCAUUUGCAUGCAGACCAUCAUCUUGGCUCACUGUCUGUGAUAGAUGAAUGGUUACGAGUGAAUGAAGGUAACAACAGACAGCUCGCACUUGUGGCACCAGGACCAUUCAAAUCGUUCGUGGCCGAAUGGGCAGCGAUCAUGCCUACAUUAAAUAUGGGACUAGAAACUAAACGUAUCAUAUUUAUCGACUGUGCGAGAUUCAUUUACGGCAAAGGGUACUACAACGCUGUUAUUGAGGAGCGUGAUCACAGCACCGAAGACGAUAUUUCUGCUGUUCUAUCGGGAACAAAAAUUGAGACGUGUCGGGCUAUUCAUUGCGAUCUUGCCUAUUGUGUUUCUGUAACCUUCACUGAUACAACAUUCAAGGUGUCAUAUUCGGGCGAUAGUCGCCCCAAUAUGUUUUUUGCACGAACAAUCGGAGCCGACAGCGAUAUGUUGAUCCAUGAGGCGACUCACGAAAAUGAGCUGGCUGAGGAAGCAAAAGCCAAACGCCAUUCUACCAUUGGCGAGGCUAUUUCAGUCAGCAGGGCCAUGAGAGCCAAAGCGACCAUCCUAACCCACUUCUCGCAAAGGUACCCCAAAUUGCCAGAGCUCGGUGAUGUUGACAUUCUAGGCUCCCCGCUGGCCUUGGCAUUUGAUGGGAUGCAAAUGCUCGUCAGUGAGGUUCCAAACCAGCUCAAACAGGUUAACGACCUUCGCCAAGUAUUUGCUGAAACUGAGGCUCAAGAGGAACAACUCUUAGACUAA